AGGCAGCUGCUGAGAUCUCCAGAGAUUUGGGGUGAGGGUCCCAAAGGAGACUUCUGGAAGCCACCACCUGUGCCUGCUGUUCUGUGUACCUCGCGGAGGGCGGAGUUCCCUGGAGACCCAGGCUGGGAUGGUCCUGGGAGUGCACGGCUGGCUGGUCAGCUUCCUGGUCCCAUGGAUUCUCGGCAGGCUGGCAGUGUCCUGUGCCUGUGUACAAGCAUGGGUGCUCUGUGCGAGGCCUGGUGCACCUGCCAGCGGCUCUUGGCGCUGGGCCCUCCCACCUGCUGAGCAGUGCUGGGCUCCCCACCCCUCCUGCUGAGGCCAGGAGCCAGGACAUUAGCAUGAAGCCUUGGAGUGGGAGGAGCUGCCUGUGGAAGGAAGGAGCCCCAGCACAGCCCCAGGGAGUGCCCCACUGCCCGCCUCUCUCUCCAGUGACCGGCCAUCGCGGCCUGAGGCCCCCAGCCCCGCCAUGGAGGACGGACACGAGUUAGAUCUCACCUACAUCACGGAGCGCAUCAUCGCCGUGUCCUUCCCCGCUGGUGGCUGCGAGGAGUCCUACCUGCGCCACCUGCAGGAGGUCACGCGUAUGCUCAAGUCCAAGCACGGUGACAACUACCUGGUGAUUAACCUUUCAGAGAGGAGCUACGACCUCACGAAGCUGAACCCCAAGAUCAUGGACGUGGGCUGGCCAGAGCUGCACGCACCGCCCCUGGACAAGAUGUGCACCAUAUGCAAGGCCCAGGAGUCCUGGCUCAACAGCGACCCUCAGCACGUGGUUGUCAUCCACUGCAGGGGUGGCAGAGGCCGCAUAGGAGUGGUCAUCUCGUCCUACAUGCACUUCACCCACGUCUCAGCCAGUGCUGACCAGGCCCUCGACAGGUUUGCCAUGAAGAAGUUUUAUGAUGACAAAGUCGCAGCCCUCAUCCAGCCGUCUCAGAAGCGGUACGUGCAGUUCCUCAGCGGACUCCUGUCGGGCGCCGUGAAGAUGAACACCUCACCCGUUUUCCUGCACUGUGUGGUCCUGCAUGGCACCCCCAGCUUCGAUGCCGGGGGAGCCUGCCGGCCCUUUGUGAAGCUCUACCAGGCCAUGCAGCCCGUGUAUACGUCGGCCAUCUACAACGUGGGCCCAGAAAGCCCCAGCAAGAUCUGCCUCCUGGUGGAACCGGCGCAGCUGCUGAAGGGGGACAUCAUGGUGAAAUGCUACCACAAGAAGCACCACACGGCCACACGCGACACCGUCUUCCGCCUGCAGUUCCACACGGGGGCCGUGCAGGGUUACCGGCUUCUGUUUGUAAAGGAGGAGCUGGAUGGCGCCUGCACAGAUGACCGUUUCCCUGGCUACGGGAAGGUGGAGUUGGUGUUUUCAGCCUCACCUGAGAAGAUGCAAGGGUCUGAGCAUCUGCACAGUGACCACGGAGUGACCGUGGACUACAACACGACCGACCCACUGAUCCGCUGGGACUCAUACGAGAACCUGAGCAUGGACGGAGAAGUGCUGCACACCCAGGGCCCCGUGGAUGGCAGUCUGUACGCCAAAGUGAGGAAGAAGAGUGCCUCAGACCCUGGCAUCCCCAGCGGCACCCAGGCAGACGCGGCCACUGGCAGCCCAGACCAUGGCGGACACACACUGUCCCUGAGCAGCGACUCGGGCCACUCCACGGCCUCCGUCAGGACCGACCGGACAGAGGAGCGGCCGGCCCCGGGCAGCAGCAGGGGCCUGAGCCCCCAGGAGAAGGCGGAGCUGGACCAGCUGCUCAGUGGCUUCGGCCUCGAGGACCCAGGGCACCCGCUGAAGGCCAUGGCAGAGCCGCACGGCCCGCCCAGCGGCACGCGGCACGUGGUGCCAGCCCAGGUGCAUGUGAACGGGGACAGCAUGCUGAAGGAGACGGACAUCCUGGACGACGAGAUGCCGCAGCACGACCUGCACAGCGUGGACAGCCUGGGCACCCUGUCCUCCUCGGAAGGGCCGCCCUCCGCCCCGCUGGGCCCCUUCCCCUGCCACAAGAGCAGCCAGAACUCGCUCCUGUCUGACAGCUUCGGCAACCACGUGGGCGAGGAGCUGCCCUGCACGCUGGCCCCCGAGCUGGGCCUGGGCACGGUGGACAGCCUAUACGAGCGGGAGCGGCUGUGCAGGGGCCAGGAGGCCAGGCAGCAGCAGCUGUCUCUGCGGAAGCCCUCGGUAGCAGCCCCAAUGCAGGCCUACGGGCCUGAAGGCUACUCCACGCAGACGUGGGUGCGGCAGCAGCAGAUGGUGGCUGCGCACCAGCACGGCUUCGCUCCUGCUGCAGAUGGCCCCGGCCUCGGGCAGGCCCUGCCCAGUGUCCUGGUCAUCCCCGCCUGUGGGGCUGGCCACAAAGUAACUGUCCAGAGGACCUCCUGCAGUGCAGGGCUGCCUCUGCGCGACGCCCAGCCGCUGGUGCCCGGCCAAGCCUUCCCGAGCAGAGGCACGGGGGACAGGGUCGUGAAUGGAACCAGCCAGGAGCUGGCUGCCAGCCCCUCCCCGGGCUCCCCUACCCUGGACAUAGACCAGUCCAUUGAGCAGCUCAACCGGCUCAUCCUGGAGCUGGACCCCACUUUCGAGCCCAUCCCUACCCACAUGAAUGCCCUGGGCAGCCCAGCCAAUGGCUCCGUGUGUGUGGACGGCGUGGGAGGCGCACUGCGGCCAAGCAGCAGGCUGCAAGGUGCCUCCAGUGACCAGCCCCUGGGUGGAAGACUCCGGAAGCUGAGCCUGGGUCAGUAUGACAAUGAUGGCGGGGCGCAGCUGUCCUUCUGCAAGCAUGCAUGGGGGAAGCCUGGUGUGGAUGUGGCCUCUGGCCUGGUGCCUUUCUCAUCUCCCACAGAUGCCAAAGAGACGGUGAGCUCUGCGUACCCACCGGACCUGGACAUGCAUGAUGGCAGGGUGCUCGGCACGGAGCCUGUGUGUACAACCCCAGCAUUUGCCAUGUCUCCAGAAACACCAUAUAGGAAGAAUCCCCUGAGAUACCCUCUGUUCAGCUCACCCGAGCCCCUGCGGAACAACCCAGCCACACUGCACCAAGGAGGGCCUGAGCCCCGAGGCUGCCCCCAGAGCCUGGGUCACACUGUGGGGAUGUCAGAGAGACCCCUGGGUCCUGUGCCCACCAUGCUGGGGGCUGAUGCCCCUGGAGCACCCAGCUUCCAGCAGACGUUUGCAUCUUCCUGCAAGAUCUCAAGCAAUGGCCCCAGGAGAGAGAGCCCGUCUUCUGCAGACCGUCCGUGGCUGGAGAGCAGCCCCAAGGCCAGCCUUGCCCUGCUGGGAAACAGCCGGCCUGUAGGAGGCCCCCUAGGCGCCCACACAUUCCCCGGUUCCAGCCAGGACCCCACGGGAAUGUCCUGCGUCCCGCCCUCAGAGCUCCAGGCCUCUUUCCACAGCCACGAGCUGCCCCUGGUGGAGCCACCCGAUGCCCUGUGCACCCCUAGUGGCCAGGCCUUCCUAGGCUUCGGUGCUGUCCCCGGGGGUAGUGGUCUUUCAUCCAGGGAGGACCUGGAUACCUCACGGGCCAGUUCCCUCGGAGCAUCCCCCAUGCCUGGCACCCCGCUGACUGCAGCAAGCACCACUGACCACAGCUUCCUGACCCACAACUUCCUCACUGCGGCCUCGGGACACGGCCACCACAGUCCCGGACUGCCAGGCCAGGGGCUGAGCCUACCUGGGCAGCCACCCCUCCCAGAGAAGAAGCGGGCCUCAGAAGGGGACCGCUCCUUGGGCUCUGUGUCCCCCUCAUCCAGCGGCUUCUCCAGCCCGCACAGUGGCAGCACUGUGAGCAUCCCCUUCCCCAGCACCCUGCCCGACUUCUCCAAGCCGUCGCCGCCGGACGGGACCCCGCUGCUGCCAGAUGGUCCAGGGGACAAGAUGGUGAUCGUGAAAUUUGUCCAGGACACGUCCAAGUUCUGGUACAAGGCGGACAUCUCCAGAGAACAAGCUAUCGCCAUGCUAAAGGACAAGGAGCCUGGGUCGUUCAUCGUGCGUGACAGCCACUCCUUCCGUGGUGCCUACGGCUUGGCCAUGAAGGUGGCCACACCACCCCCAUCCGUCCUGCAGCUGAACAAGAAAGGUGGAGACUUGGCCAAUGAGCUUGUCCGGCACUUCCUGAUCGAGUGCACCCCAAAAGGAGUUCGGUUGAAAGGCUGUUCCAACGAGCCCUACUUCGGGAGCCUGACAGCCCUCGUGUGCCAACAUUCCAUCACGCCCUUGGCCUUGCCCUGCAAGCUGCUCAUUCCUGAGAGAGACCCGCUGGAGGAAAUCGCUGAGAGUUCUCCCCCGACGGCAGCCAACUCGGCGGCCGAGCUGUUAAAGCAAGGCGCAGCCUGCAACGUGUGGUACUUGAACUCGGUGGAGAUGGAGUCUCUGACCGGGCACCAGGCUGUGCAGAAGGCCCUGAGCCUCACUCUGGUGCAGGAGCCGCCACCCGUGUCCACGGUCGUGCACUUCAAGGUGUCAGCCCAGGGCAUCACCCUGACCGACAACCAGCGGAAGCUGUUCUUCCGGCGCCACUACCCUGUGAGCAGCGUCAUCUUCUGCGCUCUGGACCCACAGGACAGGAAGUGGAUCAAAGACAACCCCUCCUCCAAAGUCUUCGGAUUCGUGGCUCGGAAACAGGGCAGUGCCACAGACAACGUGUGCCACCUGUUCGCAGAGCAUGACCCUGAGCAGCCAGCCAGCGCCAUCGUCAACUUUGUGUCAAAGGUCAUGAUUGGCUCCCCAAAGAAGAUCUGAGAGCCCCCUCGAAAGCAGCCCCACUGGCCGCCGCCCAGAGCCCGGGGCCAGCUGGUG